AUGGGCCAAAAGAGAUUUCCUCCAUUCAAAACUUUGGAUGACGUUCGUAACAAGGACGAUGACGAAUCUACUGUGAUUAACGCCAGCAAUUUGGAAUCUGAGCGAGCACACUCCGUGAUGUACAUUCCCGAUGAAGGUAGAUUUUCAAGUGAAGCAAAUACUUUAAUCGAUGGAAUGGAAGGAACUUCAUCGAGCACGCUCGGGAAUAGAUGGAAAGCUUCAGGUCUCAAUUCUUCACUUCAACAGUUGCAGUAUAAUGAGAACAAAGUUGCCUUGGAUAGGUCUAUUAAACAGACUAUUGAGUUAUUAUAUCAGCUAUCGGAAGAGAAUAAGGAGCGUCCCAUAUUUUAUCCUACCGAUAUUGAAGACGACAGCUUACUAAUGCUCAAUUCAAGAAAGGCUCAUAUAGCUUUAAUAAAAAAUAAAGAAAUAUCGGCCAAAGCUUGGACAAAAGCGAAGAUAGAGGAUAAAGAAGAUGAUGAAAUACUUCCAGAAUUAAAGAUUUUAAAACUCAACCUUCAAAUAGACGUCUCCAAGAAGAGUAAUGGCAAUUUAGUGUCUAAUUUGGAUAAAAAAUCGAUAGCGAAUUUGUUGGAACAGAUGCUUAAACUGCAAGUAAAAUAUCUCAGUAAUUUAAAAGACAGAAUUGAUGAUACUUCUUCAAAAGUGUUUGUUACAGGUGAUUUGAAUGCAGGUAAAUCAACCUUCUGUAAUGCAUUGUUGAGGAAGAAAGUUUUACCUGAAGAUCAACAACCUUGUACAUCGGUUUUCUGUGAGGUUAUUGAUGCAACAAAAGAGAACAAAGGAGUUGAAGAAGUUCAUGCUAUUCCCAUUGGAAAAAAAUACAACAUUAGAGAUGAAUCAUCUUAUGAGAUCCAUCCCUUGAAAGGUUUAGAAAAUCUAGUUUAUGAAUGUGACCGCUACAGCUUGCUAAAGGUAUAUGUUAAAGACAAUCGCUCGUUUCAGGAAAGCUUGCUUAGUAAUGGAGUAAUUGACAUAAAAUUAAUUGAUGCACCUGGUUUGAAUAUGGAUCUGUACCUGACUACUCAAGUCUUUUCAAGACAAGAAGAGAUAGACUUAGUUGUUUUUGUUGUCAAUUCAGAAAACCAUUUCACUCUAUCAGCUAAAGAAUUCAUUGCCGCAGCAGCUGCCGAAAAGCGCUAUGUGUUUAUUGUUGUUAAUCGGUUCGAUAACAUAAAUAAUAAGGAGAAAUGCAAAGAAAAAAUUUUAGAUCAAGUUAAAAGCUUGUCUCCUGACACAUACAAGAAUGCCGAGGAGUUCGUUCACUUUGUGAGUUCGACUGAAGCUUACAAAGGAGGACCUGACGAUGACAAUGAUCCCGAUGAUGAUAAUGGAAACGACAAAAAGGACCCUGAUUUUGAUCUGUUAGAGGCCUCGUUAAGAAAAUUUAUACUAGAUAAGCGAUCUUUAUCAAAGCUACUUCCAGCAAAGAGCUAUUUAAAAAAUAUUUUAUGUGACUUGGAGACUUUAUCGAUGAUUAAUGAAAAGAUAUAUUUGAAAGAAAAAGAAGACAAGGAGGCUCAGCUAAAAGAUCAAGUUGCUCCAAGAUAUUUAGAGAUGGCUUCAAAGAGCUCCAAAAUGUCGGACCAUGUUAACAAUGUGAUUGAAAAGGCAUGUGUGGAUGUUUAUAACUUCGCAAGAAAUGACUUGAUCGAGACGUUGAAUGAUUUUGAAGGACUGCAAGUGAUUUUGUAUCGUGGGUUGCAGUAUGUAUAUGAGUAUGCCAAAGAAACCCAGAAGGUAAUGAUUGAAACAGUUUUAUCUUCGAUUCAAAAUAGCGAAGACAGAGCUAGGAUUAUUACCAGCGAAAAAGUAGAUGAAAUUUCCCGUAUUGGAGAGGAAAGUUUAGGUUCGGAAUUCAUGAGUGACAAGAAAUUUAAUCCUGAUAUCAUGUUUACCAAACGUCGUGACAAUUUAAAGAAACUUCUCAAUCGUCUGAUAGAAAUAGGAGACUUCUUCGAUCCAUCAUGGGAUUCUUGUUUGAUGUGGCUAGGUAUACCGAAGGAUUAUGUAUCCAGCACAAAAGAGCACUUGAAUUAUUACAAUCCUAUGUCUUUGCUCCCUGCAAUGCUGACUGAUGUCACUUCUUUAAAAAAUCAGCUUCCUACUCAAUUAACGUUACAUUCCAUUUAUUCGUCAGGGAAAUUAUUGACAACAGGUGUCGUUGUUCGUAAACUUUACCUGGCCUCGUAUUUGUUGAAUCCUUCUGUGUUGAAAAGAGUAGCAGGCCCAUUAUUAGUUGGUGUCACUGGCUUCACGAUUUACUACUUGAUUAAUGAUAUCCCAAACGCAUUUCCAAGAAAGCAAGCUCGAAAAAUCAAGAAGCAGCUAUUGGAGUUAGAUCAUCCACAUCAAAAUGCAAAUAGGAUAUCGAAGGAAUGCAGAAAGGUACUAAAUUAUCCGGCACGCCAAGUGAUGAACAACUUUCAGACGAGUAUUGAUAAGAGGUUGGUUGAAAAAAAGCAACUUGAGAAGGAUCUUCAAGAUUCCAAUAAAAGUUUUGGAUACUUUCAUGACUUCUUAUUGAAAAUUGAAUAUCAAAGAAAUUUGCUCGAACAAAUUGACCUUGAGAAUGUUAAUAUUGUUGAUUAA